ACUUUAUUAUACUUUAUAUAUCUUAUUUAUAUUCUGAAAAAUGCUAUUGUUUUUUUGAAAUUUAGAAUAAAAGAUAAUUAUAUCUAGAUAACCCAGCUGGGAGAGGAUACCGAGCUCUGUUGCCUGUUGGGAGUUCCUCUUAAUUCUCUACUUCCCUGCCGCCCGCGGCAACCGUCCUCCCUCCUCCACCUCCACCAGCUGCACUCCCCACGCCGCGCACCCGCCCCUCUGCCCCUCCUCCAGCUCCAAACCGGAAACGCGGGGAUACCGCGCCGUCCGCGUGGCGUGUCCGAAGAGAUCCCACGACCCGGCGGGCGGCGCUGCGAGGCUGAAGGCGCGGCGGCGGCGGAUUUAAGGGCCUCACCGGCUCGGGAUCUCCGCGCGAUCGCCGCUGGGCCGCGCGCUCGAGAAAGUUCCUGUUGCUUGUUUCAAAUUGAAAUUUGGAUGUUCGUUCUUCUUAAUUUGAGGCUUACCUAUUUAUUUGGUGUCUGGUUGUGUGCCUUUAGGUAUACAUUGGUUGUUGCAGCAAGCUGGUUUCUUGAGAUCCAUAUUGAUGUGGUUUGUUCUGGAAAUUUUUAUUCUUCAUGGAUGCUAUUAAGAGCCAUGCAAAGAAGGUUGAUCUUGUUGAUGAGACUCUAAGACCACCACUAGUUCCAUCCGAGAAGCACAAUGCUUUCCGAGUGAGGAAUGUUGCAUCCAGGUGCAAAACUGAUCUGGCUGAUGCCACUAAGAUAAGAAGAUGUACAUCACCAAGUCUUGGCCAGACCUCAGCAAUUGAAGGCACACCAGCACCCAAAAGAGCUCAGUCUGCAGAUAGAAGAAGGCCGACACCUUCAACCCCUCCCUCUAAGGUGUCAACACCCUCAACCCCUGUGUCAAGGUCCAUCACACCAGUUCGUGAUACCACUAGAGACUUACACAAGAGUUCCAAGCGUAUAGCAAGCACAAAGGCUCCUGAUGGCUUGUGGCCAGCAAUGCGUAACUUGUCUUCAUCUUUCCAGUCGGAAUCUGUGGCUGCACCUACUACUAGAAAUGAUAAGGUAGUCACGGCUUUGGAUUGUAGCAAGGGGCAAGUGAGUGUUCUAACGGAGAGGAAGAGAAGUCCUUUUAGAAGGAAAAACAUUGGUGAACAUUGUGAGAAUGCUCAACCUUCAGAGGAGCCCCCUAAGAGGUUAAUUGAGCAACACAGAUGGCCAGCCAUGAUAGCUGGGCAGGCGCCGAAGAAUCUCAUGUCAAGAAGCAUUGACCUUUCGGACAAAGCUAAUAUACCAGUCGCAUCAUCAAAUACAUCAAGAGGUCUUUCACCAAGGAAGACGCCUUCUGUCAGACCUGUGCCAUCAUCAAAUACAUCAAGAGGCCUUUCACCAAGGAAGACCCCUUCCGUCGGACCAGUCCCAUCAUCAAAUACAUCAAGAUGCCCUUCACCAAUGAAGACCCCUUCUGUUGAAGCUUCAGUGAAACUGUCAAAUCAGUCAUUGGAUGAAGUGGCAAGGAGUUUGGCUAUUCAAUCAAGCAGAAAAGAUGAUAAGGUAGAUUCACAGACAAUAGAGAGAUCCAAAUCUUUGAGCCGACCAAACAGAACAGUUACUUUUCCUGUUCCAAUUCUACAACGCUCAUCAUCACCAAGCAGAGCAUUGCCAGCUACGUCCUCAACUUCCAGGGCCUUUCAGAGCCCAUCUCGGACAAGGCCAUCAACACCCUGUCAGUCCCAAAGUGUUGGAGCUAUCCAAUCAAGCGUUCCAUCUUCUCUUAUUAACUACAUGGUUGAUGCGCGGAAAGGAAAGAAGAAUGCCAGCCAAAUCGAAAAUAUCCACCAAGUGCGUUUAUUGCACAAUAGACAUUUACAGUGGCUCUUUAUAAAUGCUUAUGCAGAAGAUGCUUUAUCUUUUCAAAAGGCUACUGUUGAGAAUACCAUGUAUAAUGUUUGGAGGAAUACUGUAAACCUGCGGGAUUCUGUUAAUAUGAAAAGAAUAAUGGUGCAACACUUCCAACAAGAACUCAGGCUUUACAACAUUCUGAAAGAGCAGAUUGCUUACCUUGAACAAUGGCCAACGCUAGAAAGGGAGAAUAGUAUCUCUUUACUAGGGGCAACUGAGGCUCUGAAAGCAAGCACCCUGCGCCUGCCAGUUACAUUGGGAGCAAAGGCUAACACAAUUGCUCUCAAGAACGCUGUAAGCUCAGCUGUUGAUGUCAUGCAAGUUUUGGGCUCAUCUGUUUGCUGCAUUCAUUCAAAGAUCACGGACAGCACAUCCUUGGUUUCAGAACUCUCUGUCAUAGCAGGACAAGAGAAGAUCAUGCUUGAUGAAUGCCGAGAACUCUUAGCUACAGCUGCAAAACUGCAGGUGCAGGAGUCGAGCCUACGGACACAUCUUGUGCAACAGAGACAAAGGCUUCAGGAUUGAAAUGGCAACCUGAACAAGAUGCAGAAGCCCCAGGCCAUGCCAUUGAACAGGUAAACUGUGCAAGUUGAACUGCAAACAGAAAAGUAAUCUGUAGAGUCUAAACAAUAGGAACAAAACAAAUGUUAAACAUCCCCUGGAGAUUCAUGGUGUGAUGCCACAACUAACUACCCGCAGUGCAUAGAUAUGACAGGUUUACUGAAAAAACCUCAUCAUAUGUAAAUGGUUUUCACCAUAUAAUGCACUCCCAGCCUUUUCUAGUAUUUUUUGUUUCUUUGUAUAGAGUGGAUCCCUCCCUCUUUGCCAUUGUAUUUUUUGACAUUUUGAAAGAAAUACAUAGAUAAUGGAUGAGCUAAGAUGGUGAUAUCAUUUUUUUUUUCAGUUUUCCUUGUUAGAAACAUAUAUAUUAACAUUUUUUUAGCUGCGCUCUCUUUGGCAACGUAACCAGCUCCAGCGUUAUGUUUUGAGUGCUCCCGUUGUAUUCACGUUCAGAUAUAUUUUUUCUGACCCAAAGGUACUGGUGCUGAACAUCACAUCAGUUUUUAUAAGCAGAUGCUAACUCGCCUGGAGUAUGGAUUGCUGUUUACUCCAAAUAUAGCAAUGGUGUUAGACACAUCAGUUUGUUGAAAUAGAGACUUCGCUUGUUCUGCAUUUUGCUUGCGUUGCCAGCAAAGUUUUAAUGUUAAUGUAUCACCUUAUUAUCAGGCUCUUCACCUAGACACACUAAAGUACAAUUUAAGCAGCAACAUCCAAUAGUGAAUGUGAAUCUCAUUCUCAUUGUUUGAAUUCAAAGGCAGACCGUAAAAUCUAAUUUUGAAACGAUGGUGCCCUUCUCAUGUAAGUCAAAUUUACUACACCAUCAGUUCUUUGUACAUGUCACAUUAGCUUUAUCAUAAGUUAAACGUUUGUUACUUCAAAUUUCAUCAAAAAAUUCUUAUGGUUUCACAAUAUAUAAAUUAUAUGUUAUAAAAAGUAUUUUUAUGAUGAAUAAAAAUGUUAUCUGAUGAACCAACAUAUAUCGUUAAAGACAUAAAUGUUUGACUUAGGAUAAAACUAAUAAUACGAUAUGUAAAUAAAAACCAAAGGAGUAGUUGCUAUUUGGAUUACAUUUAGCAUGACUGCACUCAUUUGCCAUUUAACAAUCAAACCUUGUCCUUUGUUCAAUUCCUCGUCCGACAAUUCUGGGUACCAUAACAUUACAGACACAACAA